AACUAUUGAUCGCGAAUCACUGAGGAAUUACACCGAAGAGGAGGAGUGGGGGAUCAAUGGCGAGUACUGCGUGCUUUAUGAUUGUCAGCAGAAACGACAUCCCGAUUUACGAAGCUGAAGUUGGUACCGUCCCCAAAAAAGAGGAUGCUGCUCAUCAGCACCAGUUCAUAUUACAUGCCGCUUUAGACAUUGUUCAGGACACGGCGUGGACUACGAGUGCUAUGUUUCUAAAAGCAAUUGACAGAUUCAAUGACUUGGUGGUGUCCGUUUACGUGACUGCUGGUCAUACUCGACUGAUGCUGCUUCAUGAUUCUCGUAAUGAUGAUGGAAUCAAGAGCUUCUUCCAAGAGGUUCAUGAGCUAUAUAUUAAGUCUCUUCUUAAUCCUCUGUACCUCCCUGGAAGUCGCAUCACCUCAUCGCAUUUUGAUACAAAAGUCCGAGCCCUUGCUAGGAAAUACUUGUGAAGUAUGUGGAGCUUGCUGUGUAUUUGCUUUCAGGUCUUCUAUUUCACAAAAGGUCUUUCUGGCUGGAAACUUUUUUGUUUCAAUACUGCGGUGAGAGAAUUUACAUCAGAUGCAGUAACUGUUUUAUGAACAGUUUGUAAUAUCUUUUUUGUAAAAUCCAAUGGUGAUCUUUUGGUCCUUCAUCAUCACUUAUAUGUUGGAUGCACUUCAAAUUUCCAGUUA